AUGGAUCGUGUGCAAGCGACAGGCAAAGUUAGGAAAAGGAAGGCAGAAACCACGGAAAAUGAACGCCUUUCCAAGCGGUUGAGUCUGCUGAAUCUGGAGCGCAAUGGCCAGAAGCUCUAUGUUCCUGUCGAACAGCCGAGCAGAAGCUCGACCCCAAAACUGAAUGCGCCGACGCACCCACCAGCGGAGGAUGUAAUGCAACUAGAUGAUUCGAAGCAUAAAGUAUAUAUCUACGACCUCGACGCCGAAUUAUCAGACAGCGGCGAGUCUGACGACGGGAAAUUGGUCUUUCUUCCUGACAUUGAGAAACACCUCCGCGAAUCCCGCAUUCCGUCAUCACUACUGGCCAGCGGCGAUGGAGACCUCGCUGGGAAUAGUCAACUCGUUCUCUACCGCGUACCUAGCUCUUUGACUGUUCCUGAAGAGCAGGACAGCGUGAGAAAGGCCAUUAUUGAGACAAGAGCAAGGGCGCGAGCCAAACAGGAGCAGAAACGUCAAGAUGAUGUACGCACCAGCCAAGCAGCUGCGAAUGGAGUCGACGCCCGCGACUGGUAUCAGACAAUGGCCGAUAGGAAUGUCCCUCAAAGCCCAACUGAUCAGGUAACCAUGGGUGUACAACAAGAGAUUUCCGACGAAGCACAAGAAGAUUAUGACGCAAUGGAUCUGGGUUAA